AUUUCAAGUCGAUCUCAACAGGCCUUUCGAAUUAGUUCGAACGCUCGGACAAAAAGAUGUCGGGCACAAAACAAGCGAAUCUUAAAAUGGAGCAACUACUUUCUCGUCGCCGCAGAUACAAGAUCAAAAGUGCCAAGAGGGGUAUCUGCAAAUUCUUGCCCGACUUGAGGUGCAAAUCUGUGGAUGGCAUCCGGCACCAGAUGAAGGAUCUGCUGCUCCUAUUGCUUCCGUCCUCGGAUUUCUAUAAGAAAUCGCGGCGGUUCUACAAGCGCUGCACAAAACCAGAUCGCCAGGAGUUCCAGCGCAUUAGCAUUGCCAUUGGCGUGGGUUUCCUCAUGAUGGGUUUGAUUGGAUUCGUCGUCAAGCUGAUGCACAUACCCAUAGUGAACAUCAUCAUGGACUGAGAUAUAAAGCUCGAGUGGAAAUAAAGAUACCAUUC